AUGAUUUCCUUGGUACCCUUUUCCAAUUCUAUAUCUACGCGCCAAGCUAAAAGAUAUUGCAUCUUCCUUUUGAUUUCGGUAGUGUUCCUCAUUUUGACUUGGGAAUGCAUGUACCUCUAUAAAAAUAGUCCUGACAUUCAACGUUCCGUGAAUUCCUUAGCGGGUCGUACACCCUCCAAGUCUUUCGCGUUUGUAACAAUGCUACUGGCUUCAUCUGUAAAAGGGGAUGAGACAAACCAACCAGUACAAGAUUGGUACUACAAUGCAACAAGGCUGCUAGUAUAUAGAUUAUCUCAUUAUCCCGAAACAAAAAGCAGAUUCCCUAUCAUUGUAAUGGCUACAAAAGGAGUCGAAAACUGGAAACUGGAUCAGCUUAAAGAUGAUGGAGCUAUCGUCGAAGUCGUUGAUCCUUUGUACGCUGACGAUGUUGUUGAUAACAUUAAUGACAUGGCUGUCCUGGAUACCAGAUGGAGCAUGAUGUUCACUAAAUUGCGCAUCUUCGAGAUGUACGAAUACGAUCGUCUAUGCUUCCUAGAUAGCGACAUUCUUCCAAUAAGAAAUAUUGAUGAAGUAUUUAAUGUUCAUCAACAGUCUUCUAUCUAUCUCAGCUCCUUGGAAAUUUAUAAUAAGCUGCGCAUGUAUUUGAAGGGGAAGAAUUGGGGUGAAGACUUUUCUGCUUAUGAGGCCCAAAGAAAAGACUUUUAUCCUUAUGUUUUCGCUGCUGUUUCCGAUCCUGGCUUGUGGCAUGAUACUCCUCCCAAUUUUCGGGAUUAUUUUAAUGCAGGUUUAUUUGUUUUCCAUCCAUCUACGGCACAUUAUAAGCGUUUAAUGACCCUAGCUAGGUUUCCUAAACUUUAUGAUAAUGCAAAUAUGAUGGAGCAAAGUUUGUUGAAUUUUGCAUACAGCUCCGCUGGCCAAUUUCCAUGGGAACGGCUAGAUUGGACCUAUAAUGGAGUAUGGACUCGUAAACCAGACCUUGCAUAUUUGAAGACCGUUCACGGAAAGCUUUGGCAAGAGGAGGGAAGUAUGGGAUAUGACCCAGACACAUCUGCUCUUUGGUGGGACGCUUUUCAUGACAUGGAAGACUUUUAUGCGGCUCAUAGUAAUACUAUAGGCCGAAGCACUCAUUAG